UGGAUGACAAAUUGUAACAAUAGGGACCAAACUCUAAAACACUUGUAUCAUAAAUUCAUAACAUACACUUUUACUACAUGUUGUUUGGGAAUAUGUCUCUUCUAUCUACCACAGACUUGCAUCGUAUUUUUGAGAAGCUAGACACAAAUAACGACGGUUUUCUGAGCCUUGAAGAAAUGAACUCUUUGCUGCAAAAAAUAGGAAACAACAAUUCUCAAUUCACCUUACAUGAACUUGAAUCUCUGGUACAAAAGAAGAGCUUAGACUUCAAUGAAUUCUUGUUCUUUUACAACUCGAUAUCGAAACCGAACAAUGAUGAUGACGAUGAUGAUGAGUUGUUGGAGAAGGAUCUUGCAACAACUUUCAAAGUGUUUGAUUUGGAUGGUGAUGGAUUCAUCACAAGCCAAGAACUUGAGUGUGUGUUGAAGAAACUUGGAUUCUUGGAUGAAACAAGUGGCAAAGAUUGUAGAAGCAUGAUUCAGUUUUAUGAUACUAAUUUGGAUGGUAGGCUUGAUUUUCAGGAAUUCAAGAACAUGAUGUUGAUUACAACUGCAUGAUUAAUUAAUGGGUUAAUAGUAAUCCACACCCUUGUAAUGUUGGCGAAUUUUGUUUUUGCCCCCUCCUUAUCUUUUGGCAACGGUUUUUUCAAAAAAACUGUUGCCAAAACCCACCUUUGGGGUAAACCAAAACACGCUCAUAUUACAGGGGGUAAACUAUUAUUAACCCUUAAUUAAUCAAGUUUUUUAAUUUUUUUUGGUUGUGAAUUUUUUAUUAGUGUUAAUUAAUUUUAUUGAUUUGGGUCA